AUUUGUGUUGAUAACACGCAAAAAUGACGACAAAAUCAGCAGAAAAAUAUGUCAUUUUUGACACAGAUAUGGGCGUCGAUGAUGGAUGGGCACUGCAAAUGAUUUUAAAAGCGGAAAAAUAUCUUGAACAUAUAAAAGUGCUUGCAAUAACACUCGUUAACGGAAAUACAACGGUUGAAAAUUCAAUUAAAAAUGCAUAUCGCAUUUUAGAUGGCCUCGAUCGCACUGAUAUUCCAAUUUACAAAGGAGCAACCGAAGCACUCAUCCCAUGUGAAUUAAAAGUUGGCACAUUCCACGGUGCAAAUGGAUUUGGUGAUUAUGAGUUUUGGCAUCCGGACAUUUAUCCAAGCGAUCCAAAUACGCUGACUCAACAAAAACAUGCUGUUGAAAUCAUCAGAGAUUUGAUUCUAUCGCAUCCGCAAAAAGUCACACUCGUUUGUCUUGGUCCAUUGACUAAUGUUGCAUUGGCAGCCAAAAUCUAUCCGGAAAUCAAAGAGAAGUUGGGCGAAUUGUACAUAAUGGGUGGAAAUUUCAAAGGAAUAGGAAACGAAACAUCGUGUGCUGAAUUUAAUUUUUACAUGGAUCCCGAAGCGGCACACAUUGUUUUGGACACGUUUAAAUGCCCGAUCACCAUUCUACCUUGGGAAGCUUGCCGUCCGGACAGCAUUCAUAUAUCUCUGGAGUGGAGCUUCGCAACCUUUGCAAAUCUUGAGUGCAAAAAUAUACAAUUGCUACAUAAAAUUCGAAGAAAUCCAUCGCAUUUUUCGGCAUGUGAUGCAUUUUUGGUGGCAGCUUUUUUGUUUUCGGAGGUGUGUGUACGGGAAAAACAACAAUAUCACGUUACCGUUGAACUGCACGGGUUUAACACUCGUGGUCAAAUGAUCUUGGAUCACAAACGUCGAAAGGACGCUAAUGUGACAAUCAUUGAAGCAUUGAACGAAGAUGAAGUAAAGAAAGCGUUUCAAUUGGCUGUUAAACCUUAAAGGCAUGACACUGUAAUUAGAAGAAUGAAGAUCACAUUGCAAAAAAGUUCUUCUUACUACUCUAAAAAAAAUUCCAUGUUUUUACAAUAGGAAUUUUCCAACUUCAAGAGUUCUUUGAACUUUUAAGCUACAAUUUAUUUACGAUGUCAAUUUUACAUUACAAUGAGUAACCAAAUUUGAGAUUUUAUAUUGCAAAUAAAACGUCCAUAUUUGUGAUAAAAGAUUGGAAAACAGA